AUGCCACAAGUUCCUAUUAAUACCAAUGAUAAUGAAGAGGUUGAUAAUGAUGUUGAAUUAGAUGUUGCUGGUUAUAUAAAAGAAGGAUGUAGUAAUGAUGAUGAUAGUGGAUGGGAAGAUGAGAUUAAUUUAGAAGAGGAUAAAGAAAUUCAAUCGAAAUUAAUGACGACUAAUAAAAAUAUUUAA